UAUUAUUAAUAUGUACGUAUGUUUCCCCGUAGACUCCCCGACCAUCCUGAAACACUCCUCGUCCUGUGAUUGGAACGGGUUCCUUAUGGUCUGCAGGUGCACUGUGGACUCGAACCCCCGACCCGCCAUCACCUGGAGUGUGAACGGGAGCGUACCCCCGCCGGACUACAACACCUCCUCCACCUCCUCCACCCACUCCACCCACGCUCUGCAGGAGACCCUCAGCGGCCCGGCGCUCACUCCACUCACCAUCGUCUGCUACGCCUUCAACGGCAUCGGCAACGACUCCUAUACCCUGCUGCAGGGCGGAACCGGCGGCUGGACAGGCAGUCUGUGGACGAUGAUGCUUGGUUCUGGUUGUUUGGUUCUGCUCCUCCUCGUCCUCUUCCUCCUGGUUCUGCUGCUGUGCCGCUGGAGACGAGCCGGAAGGAGGAGGCGGCUGAUGAGUCGACGCCCCCCCGUGUUUGAGGACAGCGUCUACCAGGACCGUCUGCCACUCUACAUCAACUGCACCGAGGUCACCAACAUCUACACCAACGGCAGCUACCAGCUGAUCUACCAGAACUGCACGCCCUGCUUCGUCCGCACCAAACAGAUCCAUAAGAGACAGCGGAGAGGAGCCCGGCGGCAGAGGGUACAGAGAGAGAGAGACCCUGCAGAACCGACAGAGAGAGAGACAGCUCCACCUACCGACCCAGACCUGGACCCAGAGACCGCCAUCUACGUAGAGGUCAUCUGACCUCAUUCACCACCACAGUCUGAUUCACACAGGAGAGUCUCUCCGUUCACACCUGGUGUUAUCCUGGGUGAUGUGAUGAAAAGUGUGCAGUAUAAAGUGUGAAUAGAUGUGAACAGGGUGUGAACGGGAACAUGUAUAAUAACCGCAACACCUCACCGUCCACCAGCCCUGCCGGAACAUACAAAGACUGCAAUACCACACUGUCCACCACCCCUGCCAGAAUAUAAUUACUAACCACGAUACCACAUGGUCCACCAUCCCACCGGAACAUAUGCAAUAACCGCAAUACCA